AUGCGGCUAGUCACGAGAGUUAGAGGUGUCGGUUUGCGGUACUUCACAUCUUCUAAUCGGGAGAGUGGUCGAUUGAAGAGACUGAGCAUCUUGCAGAGGAUAGCAGCUCGAGAAGAUCUGCAUGAUAAAUUAGCAGCUAACUCGGCUAUGGAGGAUGCAUUGCGAUGCAUACAAGAGGAAAUGGAUCAGCUCUCUCCAGACAUUCUCGAGGACUCAGCUUGUGAUGCGGAAUUAGAAAAUUCAACCAGGAAGUAA